AUGUCUGCUCAUCGAACUCCCGAACUGGAACCCAUCAGUCGGGUUGCACCUUCAAUUCCAUCAAAGACGCUCUUGAUGGCCCGCAUCUCACCCGAACGUGGCGAGCCAGAGUUGCAAGAAUUCCUUGAUCGCGCUGUCCGUGAUGGUUAUGAUAUCAAUGAUUACUCCGAGGUCAUGAUUGAUGCUAUCAGGUCAAGGAAGAUGUAUCUCGUGAAGGCGCUACUCCGAUGUAAUAUGCCUGUAUCGUCAAUCUAUGUACUGGAAGCUGUCAAGAAUGUGUCGAAAGAUACCCUGACACCAUUCUUGACAGCAUUCUUCGAGAACGGCUGGGAUAUCAAUGCGCCAAUUAGUGGCAGGGACCCCCCUGUUCUUGCCAAGGUUGUCUGGAACCUGGAUAUGACAAUAUGGCUCCUUGAUCGUGGCGCAGAUCCGAAUGAGCGAUGUGAUUUUGAUUGUACGCCGCUCUCCUAUGCCGUCAGAGAGGCCGAUUUGCCAACCAUUGAUCUUCUCCUUCGCCGUGGUGGUGAUGUCAGAAUAGGCCAGCUUCUGCAUAAUGCGAUGUACAGACUGUCCGGAGAGUCCGGGGACAUCCUCAAAAUUGUCGAAAUGCUCGUUGAUCGGGGUGCUUCUCUCAAUUCCCUUAUGUAUCAAGACCAUCAAUAUUCUUGGACCAUGUUUCCCUUUAUGAGGGAAACUCCCCUGCACAUCGCAGUGGCUUACAAUAGACAUGACGUUAUUCGUUAUCUGAUCCACAAAGGUGCAAAUGUGGAAAUUGAAAACUACCAGGGCGAAACAGUCGUGCAAUCCGCCCUACAUGAAGCCACUAAAAGAGUGAUCUUGCAAGAGCUUUGA